CAUAGGAAGGGAAGACCUAGGAAGAAUGCUUGGUGAGAAGGAAGGGAAGACCUAGGAAGAAUGCUUCGCCGGCUGAUCAAUCGCAGGCCAAACAAGGAUCUAGAAACGGAAGCUCCUUCAAUACACCAAUAAACAAAAUGCCUAGAAGCGAUGAUGGAAGGAAGGAACAGAUCUAUGAACCGAUAACGAAAGAGAAUCUCCAAUCUGAGGAGAAGGAUGUUGCUCCAGAUGAGGAGAAAGAGAAGCAGACUGAGGUUCUUAAUGAUGUUAUUCAACAGAAAUCAUAUGCAGAUUUUCUUAAGCUGAACCAACCUUAUCAGGAGUGGGUCUCUGGAAAGGCAAUUGAUACUACAAAAUUGAUUGAUAUACCUAUCUGGAUUCAAUUCCCUAACCUCCAAAUGAAGUACUGGAGCUUAUCUGGGCUGAGUAAAUUGGGCAGUCUAAUAGGUAAACCCAUUAAAAGAGACAAAGCUACUGCAACGAAAGCUAAAUGGAACUUUUCCAGAAUCCAGGUUGAAGUUCAAGUCCAUCUAUCAUUCCCUGAAAAAAUACAAUUUGUGGAUGAGGAUGAAAGGGUGAUUACCCAAGAAGUUACAUAUGAGUGGAAACCUACUUUAUGUGAGCAAUGCAAGAAAUUGGGGCAUGAAUCACUACAAUGUAGAAGGAAAGAGAAGGAGCAGAAGGCACAAGGAGGGGGUCAGAGGAAAAUUUGGGUCCCAAAACAGAAACAAGAAGAGAGAGAUGUAGCUGAAAGUGGAGAACAGAAAGACUCAACUGAAGAAAACCUCAUACCCAAACAAUCCAAUGAGAAGGAUCAGGAUGGAUUUCAAACUGGGAUUUCAAUGCUUGUGUUGAAUGUGGAAGAUAUAAAGGGAGGUAACCCAAUCACUUCUGAUGAAAUCCAGGAUUUUAAGGAAUGUAUAGAGGAUUGUGGCUUGGAUGAAAUCCCAUCAGAUGGUCCUUACCAUACCUGGUCCAACAAGCAAAAAGGUGACAAAAAGAUCAACCCAAACAAAUCCCAAGUGGUGUUAGGAGGAGUCAAACCACAGCAACAAGAUAGUCUACUCAAGUUAACUGGAAUGGGCAGAGGCAAAUUACCUUUCACUUAUCUUGGUAGCCCAGUCACUACUUCUCACCUUAAAUCCUUAGAUUGUGAUAGAUUAGUAGCUAAGCUAACUGCCAAGAUCAAUGCCUGGAACUCUAAGCAUUUAUCCUACUGUGCAAAGAUUAGACUUAUUAAUGCCAUGCUUAUGGGGGUCAUCACUUUCUGGACCAGAAUCUUUAUUCUGCCCAAAAUGGUGCUUAAGAAGAUUAUGAGCAUAUGCAGAAACUUUUUAUGGGGUGGGGCAGCAGAUUACUCCAAAUCUCCCCUUGUUAGUUGGGAUAUCAUAUGCCAACCUAAGAGCAAAGGUGGUCUUGGGCUGAGAAACAUCAUUAACUGGAACAAAGCAACCAUUAUGAAAUUAAAUUGGGACAUUGCUAACAAGAAGGAUGUGCUUUGGGUCAAAUGGAUACACUCCAGGUAUAUUCAAUCUGCUAGUUACUGGGAUUAUAUCCCUAAGCCCAGCUCUUGCCAUUAUUGGAGACAAAUGGUAAGGGUGAGGGAUAAAUUUAGGGAAAUGCAGCUAGUUGGGGAGUUUGAGGUGAAAAAAGGCUAUGAGUGGCUUCAGGGUGAACUCCAGAGGGUUGGAUGGGCUAACUGGGUGUGAAACAAAGCAACCCCUCCCAAAGUGCAGUUUAUAUUCUGGCUAUUAAUGCGAGACAAACUUUUAAUCAAGGUUAGAAUGGCUA